UAGCAACUGUAUAAUUGUAUAUUUGACAAGUCACAACAUUCUAUAACAUCAUUUUGAUACGACAGACUGGAGCUAUUCACUUUCUCAAGUUCCUAUACUUUUAUAAUCAGGUACAAAACGACCUUCUCGCUUACUUUUCUCGCAUUGUUAAACGUCAUUUCUCAAACAUCAUUCCAAUACCUACAAUAUAAUUCUCAACUUCCCAACUCCAGAAUUGCACUCUCAACACUCUACUUAUAGUGUCAUCGAUAGUCAAGAUGUUGAAGAUAUGGUCUAUGAAACAAAAACAGCAGCAAGAGGCAAAUGCUGAUGCUGCUGCGGGUAUUAAGAAGAAGAAGGUUACGGCCGCACAACUUAGAUUGCAGAAAGAUAUUGCUGAAAUGUCGCUGCCCUCUACUAUGCGCACCGAUUUCCCCGACGAAGACGAUAUUCUCAACUUCUUUCUAUAUAUCGAACCAGAUGAGGGCAUGUACAAGGGUGGAAUCUUCAAAUUCAAAUUCGCCGUUCCCGAAACGUUCCCUCACGAGCCACCCAAAGUCAACUGUGAACAGAAGAUCUAUCACCCCAAUAUCGACGUUGAGGGCAAAAUUUGUUUGAAUAUUCUAAGGGAGGACUGGAAACCAGUAUUGAACUUACAAGCGAUUGUUAUUGGAUUGCAGUUCCUUUUCCUCGAACCAAACGCCUCGGAUCCACUUAACAAGGAAGCUGCAGAGGAUUUGAGAUCAAACCGAGAGGGAUUCAAGCGGAACGUGAGAUCUGCUAUGGGGGGUGGAUCUGUCAAGAAUGAUUCAUUCGACAGAGUAUUGAAAGUUUGAAGAGAGAAGGCAUAUGGAUUAGAGACUUACUAUGCUUUCAAUAUGCAUUAUGCAACAAUACAAACGAUGUCAAGAUAGGGUUAUACGAUCCGGACAAGUGCUACAUUUCCAGCACCACGCACCAAUGUGUAAGGUCACAACAUGAGGACGGGGGCAUAGUGGGCGUUUUUUUUCUAUUUGGAGAUCGAGAACCUUUCAUGCAGCCUUUUUGGCUGUUGAUCUUAUAUCAGGCUUUGUGUUGUGGCUGUAGACAGACACAUUGUGUUGGACCAGAGAGUACGGGGGAAAUAGUCAACGUGGUAAAUGCAAUGAAUGAAUACA